GAGCGAGCCCCGGCCCGAGCCCUUGCUAGGAGCAUAAAGCGGUCUGGUCUUCCGCCCCCGCGGCAGAGAGGCCCGAGGGGAGGAGGAAGCAGCCUCCAGACCUUGAAUGGAGAACCGAGCCCGUGCUGGCCUCAUGCAGGAACCGGGGGACCGUGGCCCUGCAGGAGCGACGAGGUGCGCUAUGGGCAAAAAAGCCAAGCGGACAGCCGAUAGCUCAUCUUCGGAGGACGAGGAGGAGUACGUCGUGGAGAAGGUGCUGGACCGGCGCGUGGUCAAAGGCCAAGUCGAGUAUCUCCUCAAGUGGAAGGGCUUCUCGGAGGAGCACAACACCUGGGAGCCCGAGAAGAACCUGGACUGCCCCGAGCUCAUCUCGGAGUUCAUGAAAAAGUACAAGAAGAUGAAGGAGGGCGAGAACAACCGGCCGCGCGAGAAGUCGGAGAGCGCCAAGAGGAAGUCCAGCUUCUCCAGCAGCGCCGAGGAGAUCAAGUCGAAAAAGAAGAGAGAGAGCAAUGACAUCGCCCGGGGCUUUGAGAGAGGCCUGGAGCCGGAGAAGAUCAUCGGGGCCACGGAUUCCUGCGGCGACUUGAUGUUCCUCAUGAAAUGGAAAGACACAGACGAGGCAGACCUGGUCCUGGCCAAGGAAGCCAACGUGAAAUGCCCCCAGAUCGUGAUCGCGUUCUACGAGGAGAGACUGACAUGGCACGCCUACCCGGAGGAUGCAGAAAACAAAGAGAAAGAAGCGGCGAAGAGCUAAAGCCGCCCCCUCCGCCGCUCCUUUCUGUACAUACCACCUCCGCCCCGCCCCGCCCCGCCGUCCCCGCCACCUCCAUGAGAAAUGUGCUUAUUACUGUGCUCCCCAGGAGAGACGUCGCUGUCGGCUCUUCCGUCGCAUAACUAAUGA